GAUUUGGCAACUACAUACGUAAAUCUGGAAUCUGAUAAUUACCUGGUCUUCAAUUAUACUAAACAGGAUUGAGGUUUACUUUUAUGAUUGCAGAUUAUUUCUCUGAUGAGUUCCAAGCAAUAUAACAAUUACAAUGCUAGUAUUGUAAAUGGCCGCUUGAUAUUGCCCAUCGUGAUGAUAUCGAGCUUUGGAUGUCAGGCCACAGGAUUGUUUCAUGAAGUAAAGUUGUUUGCGGCUUCGGUGGUUAAAGUAUGCCUGAGCAGUGACAAUUUCCUAUUCUGCGCUUCUGAGGAUGGAUUGAUUAUGAUGUUUGAUGUGCGAAUUCCUGGUCCUCAGCAUCAUAGGUGGAGCGAUGAUGUUUUGAUCCCAAAGGCUAGCCUCGAAGAUUACAUGAGGAGGGUUCAAGGGUUAGAAAUCCAGGCUGUGCACACAGAGAAGCUUUGUGAACAAAGAGUGAAGUCUAAUUGCGAUCGACUGGAUGAGGAGAUCGAGGACAUAAAAAAGCAGUACGAACAUACAGUGGACGUAGCUCGGGAUGAGCUCCUGGCACUUUCAAUGGAGAAAUCUGCAAUGGAGCUGAAUGCGGAAAGAAAACAGAAGGAUGUUCAGGCUAUUCAUGCCCAGCAUCUGAAGGACAUGGAGGAUGUUUACAAUAGAAUGACUGUGGUAGAGAUCUCAAGGUACGAUGAAUUUGUGCGGAGCAAGGAUGCAGCAAUUAUUCGCUGGACCCAGCAAAUGAAAUCUCUAAGUAAAGAACAUGAGGUUGCACUUCAGGAGCUUAUGGAAGCAUGCGAGGCAAAACUCGAGGAUAGUCGAGAAGUGCUCAAGAAAUCGAAAGAGACCAAGGAGGAAACCACCUUUAACUUGGAAGAGAUCCGAAAAGUAUUGGAGGAAGAUAUCAAUCUUGAGAUUGAUGAAAAGAGAGAACAGUAUGAACUGAAGUUGAUGAUAGCAGAGGAAGAGAUACAAAAAGUCCUGGGUGAAAAUGGUAUCCUGAAAUACAAAUUUGGUCUCUUCCAAAAGGAUGUAGACAUGUCAUUUGCAGAGUUGAGCGAGUUGGUGAAUCAGAAGAAGGAGCUUUUUGAAAUCAUUCGUCAUUGCCAACACAACAUUCAGAUGCUUGAAAAAAAUUUAGAAGAAAGUGAAGAACUACUACAGGAGAAAAACAAGCGCAUCAAUGGCCUCAAACGAGCUAAUCAGGAACUAGAGAAGUUCAAAUGGAUUCUGGACUACAAACUGAAGGACCUUAAGGAGAGUAUCAAACCUUCUCGAAUUCAAGCCGCAGAACUUACAGAAAGAAUAGGAAAAAUGGAGAACGAGUUAAUUAGAGCACGCCAUAUCUCGAAAGACAAGGAGCUUAUGCUGAGAAGCCUGAAGGCCAAGCUGCACGCUGCUGGUGUAGAAAAACAGAGGAUGCUUUUAUCCAUCUCAAAAACAACCCAAGACUUUAGGAAUUUUCAAAUCGACUUUCACGAAUUGUCACAGAAGAACGAGAGUGUUCGAGUUCUGAAGAAGGAACUUUUGAAGGUGUUUCGGAAGCACGUCAAAGGCAAGCUCGGAGUGAGAAAUUUCGAGAGAUCUCCGGAGGAUGGAGCAUUCUUUCAACGAGAGCUGUUGGAAAGGAAGGUGAAAUCACUGGAGCACGACAUAGAAAAGGAGAGAAAGAACAACAACAGACUUCGCUUGCGUUUGGUAAAGGACAACCAGUACCUGGUAGAGUAUACAGAAGAGUUGCGUGAGGAAGUACGAAGCAGGGAAAGAACACCGAUGACAAGCGCUGCGAGCUCAAGGUUCAGUUCUAGGCCUACCACAUCAGAUGGGAAAGAUCAGUUGUCCUCGAUGCGUAAACAGGUGGCAGAGCUGCAACUUCAGCUGUCAGCUAGAUGUGCACAAGUUGAGUUAUUGCAAGAGCAGUUAGAUUCCUCUCUAGAUGGUGAGCUCAGGCAAUGUGUCGAUGUGAGGAAGUUGCCAUCAACUCGUCGAUGACCACUUGCAAGGAGCACUUGCAAUCAACCCAAUUUGUUUGAUUACUGGGUCUGGACAUCAGAGAUUCCUGUUUUGGAUCUGUUCUAGCUCAUGGACCAGGUAAAUCUAAGAGUGAGUACCCCUGUAUGACUGCAUACAGAGGCCACGCAUAGUACAGAAGCAUGAACUUAAAGCCAGAUUAGAAUACAUUUUUAAAAAAUGCAUUUCAAUUGACCAUCAUGCAGACAAUUACAUCAUGGAGAAUAUGUUGGCUCUUGGGUUCCCGUUCCAAUAUACAUCUGUUGUAUCGUGCA